AUGACAACAAACUCCAGUGACAUAGCAGGGUCUUCGCCUAUUCAACCUCCUAAGGACAGCCAGGGCGAUCAUGUAAUUGCCCUGGCGGGUUCUAGAAGCAAGGCAAAGAGAAUAUCCCGUGGACACAGCGCACAAGAUGGGAGCUAUACCGUCCCCGACGACUAUGUCAAUCUUGACGAGUUGGCAACGCCUCCACCAGUAGAGAAUCCAGAGGACAGUGCAAUAUACCAACACAAAUCGCUUGAAGAUGCAAGAAAUGAAGAACAGAAAUACCGAGAAGAACAAGAUAGAGCAAACAAAGCAUCGAACACAGGAGCUGAGCAAUCCGAAGAGAAACAACCAACAAAGGUCUCGAAAACAGCAACUCAACUAUAUACGGUGUCAUAUUUGAUUUUCUUCUCCUUUCUCGGGACUCUUGCUCGACUGGGAUUACAAGCAAUUACUUUUUAUCCCGGUGCACCAUUAGUAUUCAGCCAGCUUUGGGCGAACUUUGGCGGAAGUUUAUUCAUGGGUUUUCUGAUCGAGGACAGAAUGCUCUUCAAACAAGAAUGGGGAAACCCCAUAUAUCACCAAAAACUGCAAGAGGCGAAGAGAAAAGCAGAAGACAAGGAGAAUAGUUCUGAAGCAGAGAAACUCAUCGACUUACAAGCUGCAAAGAAGGCCCACGCCGCCACGAAGAAGACCAUUCCAUUGUACAUUGGCUUGGCAACUGGAUUUUGCGGUUGCUUUACGUCUUUUUCAUCUUUCAUUCGAGAUGGGUUUUUGGCGUUGUCUAAUGAGUUGCCAACACCGCUCAAUCAUCCCGCAGAUUACACGACUUUCAGUUCAACCACCUCUACCGUUCCACGGAAUGGAGGGUAUUCUUUUAUGGCGGUACUCGCUAUCAUUAUUAUCACGCUUUCACUCUGCAUUUCUGCUUUGUACGUUGGUGCUCAUAUUGCCAUAUUAAUCGAGCCUCUGACUCCGUCUUUGUCAUUCAAAUUUGGCCGCAAGAUACUCGAUCCAGUAGUCGUAGUACUUGCUUGGGGAUGCUGGCUCGGCGCCAUCCUGCUAUCAAUAUUUCCACCAGACCGAAACAGCGGUUCUCCAGAAACAUGGCGUGGGCGAGCAGUGUCCUCUCUAGUAUUCGCUCCUCUCGGUUGCUUGGCUCGUUUCUACGCCUCCAUUUACCUCAACGGCAAGAUCCCUUCAUUCCCCUUGGGAACUUUCGUUGUCAACAUGCUGGGAACAAUGAUUCUGGGAAUGGCCUAUGACCUUCAGCAUGUGCCUCUUGGUGGUGUUGUUGGAUGCCAGGUCUUGCAAGGAAUAGAAGAUGGGUUCUGCGGAUGUUUGACGACAGUUAGUACUUGGGUCAGUGAGCUGAUUACGUUGAGGAGAAGACAUGCGUAUCGAUACGGGUUUGUGAGCGUCGUUGUGGCGCUCUGUUUUAUGGUUGUUAUAAUGGGCAGUAUGCAAUGGACGAGGGGUUUCUCCGCGUUGCUAUGCACGCAUUGA